UUGUAAUCGUCGACAUUUAUUUUGCAUUGCAGCAAGUGAAGUUUUAAAGUUUUUCGAUAAUCACAAAAGUUACUUAAUACUUCUAGAUAAGUGUUAACCAAUGUUUAUCAGUGAAAUUAUAAUGGAUUGACUUGUUGGCAGCUGUAUACAAGUUUAUUUUUGCGAUGGAUAGUGUAAUAUAACUGUUUAUGUUUCGUGUAGGUGGCUGUCCCACAGACCGAUGUGAAAGUGUUUCGCAUAAAAUUUUGAUACUAUUGUUCGGAUUCGUCCGGGUUACUUGGGAAAAUAGUGUUUAAUUGUGACUUGCGCAAGUUAUUGUGUGUCGGCGAUGUGUUGCAUUGGAUUUCAUUGCAUAGUCCGUGGAAGUUACUGAGUGUGUUCGACAUCAAAAGCAAUUGAAAUGAGUGCCCCGAAUAAGGAAUACAAAUACUCAUCAUCAGACGAUGACGGCGGCGGUUCAGACCUGAGCUCCGACAGCAGCGAGGACGAGGUGACGGAGCACGUGACCCGCUCUACGCCACCGGCCAACAUGGCCGCCGCCAGGGCACAGGUGCCAACGAUCAGCGUAACGCCACAUAGUCCAGGCGUUCUCGAUGACAGUUUGCAACAGUUACGACGACUACAUGCCGUCGUGCAGCGCAUGCGCGCCGCGCCUCUGCCGUUGUUGGCGACAGGCAGCAGUCGUCUAAGCACCUCAUGUCCAUCUUUAUGUAAAGAUGGCGCGCCUGAAGGCGACUGCUCUUCACCAACCCAUCUGGACUUCUACGCUCAAAGCAGGAAGGGGAGCGGCGAGUCCCGUCAAUGGAGUUUGUGGGGGGAGCGCCGAGACGAGGGCCGCAGGAGCUCGUGGGCGGCGCUCGAGCCCGGGCCGCGGGGUCAUGACGCUCAUAGGCAGAGGAGUACGCUCAAUGGACACAGCGCAUCUCUCUCUUCAAUGGAGUCGGAGGGGGAAGUGCCGCGUCCGGUGCGCCACUCCACUCACUCGCUCAACGACAAUGAUUUAGCGAAAGACUUCGAGAAAGUAACAGCAACGCUCCGCGCGAACGCGGCCGCGGCGGAAGGGGCGCGUCUGAUGGCGCGUCUGCCGCUACAGAAGUCUGUGUCCACGCCGAGCAUCGUGGCUGCUAUACAACCUCAACAGCCCCAACCUCCGGCUAACAACCUGUCGCCGGGGGGUGCGACAGAGACGGAAAGCGACGAGGACGCCUCCGCCGCGACCGUGGGGGCGACUCCGCAACUCACUGGGAGGCGGAACAACACGCAUCAAGAACAUUUGGGAUUACAUCGACUGGCUUUCUUGGAACAAGCAGCGUUUGACCACCACGCCGAGAAGAGGCGGAAACGGGGAAGUCUGUUCUUUAGGAAGAAGAAGGACAAGUCUCGCAAGGCGGCGCACGCGUGGUCGGCAGCGAGCGCGGGCGCCGACUGCGAUUGGUGCUCGCGCCCGCUCAGCGACAAGCCCGCCCUCUAUUGUGACAAUUGUACCAUGACAGUACACCAGAAUGUAUGCAAAGACUACAUAGUUGAAUGCAACAAACCAAAAUCAUCCAAGACCUCUGUUGGUAAAUCUCUGAGUGCGAGUAGUGGAAAGAGCAGUAAGCGAAGUUCCGUUUCCGGCCAGUCACAAAAUUCAAAUAGCACGAGUCAUGUAUAUAACGACGACAAAGACGGAUCUGAUCAUAAACAUGAUCAGAGCAACGCAUCAGACGACGCCCUGGUGACCGAGUGGCCGGAAGUAUACCUGACCGCAGACCAGCUGGGGGAAGCCGCCAUACUGCUCGGGCUGGGGGCCACCGAGCCGGACACGUGGGCCGCCGGGGCGCCCAAAGGACUCGCAAAAUCCUUGGGCGAGCGGGAGACGAAGCGACAGGAACACAUCUACGAACUGAUUUUGACAGAGAAACAUCAUUGUCUCACAAUACGACUUAUGCAGAAGAUGUUCGUAGCGGGCAUGAUGCGUUUCUCCGGCGUGUCCGCGUCGCAAGUUUCCAGAAUGUUCCCGCGCGUCGACGAACUAUGGUCGCUUCACGCGGAGCUGCUCGGGAAACUGAGGAACAGGCAGAGAGCUUCUACCACCGUCACGUCUGUAGCCGAUAUACUGGCCGAGACCUUCGCGCCGCCGGCCAUGAUCAAACUCAAGUCUGCUUAUGGCGAGUUUUGUUCGCGACACCGUGACGCAGUGGAAGUGUUCAAGGAGUGUUGCACGCGGGAACCGAAACUCGCUCGGUUUAUACGGAAGUGUCAACAGAACCCGUUACUUAGGAAGAAGGGUGUACCAGAAUGCGUGCUGUUCGUAGCCCAGAGGCUGACAAAGUACCCUCUUUUGUUGGAGCCGCUAUUGAAGACUGCGGGUGAUGAUACAAAUGAAAGAGAAUUACUGCAGAGGGCGCUUUGUGGAGUGAAGGAAAUCCUAGUAGAUGUUGAUAACCAGGUAGCUGCAAAAGAGCGAGAGGACAGAAAACUUGAAAUUUACCACCGGAUAGACGCGAAAUCUUUCGCAAUGUUCAGAGGAAAUAAAUUCAAGAAGAGUGAUAUACUGCAAGGGAACAGGAGUCUUAUGUUCGAAGGAGUGGCAACACUAAUGCAAGGCCGCAGCAAGAUGCAAACUCUUCUAGUCGUUGUUUUGACAGAUUUGUUGUUCUUCCUGCAUGACAAUAACAACAAAUACACGUUUUUCACGCCCGACAACAAGACCGGCGUAGUUCCCCUACUAAAGCUUCUAGUCCGAGAGAAGGCCGGCGCCGAAGGAAGAGGCCUAUAUCUCAUCUGUAGCGGGCCCGCAGAACCAGAAAUGUUCGAACUCAGGGUCCAUAGACCUAAAGAUAUACAGCAGUGGAUACAGGCCAUACGUGCGGCAGUAGCCCGUUGUCCGUCGUCAGUUUCGGAGGCGGAGGCCGGCGUUGCAGCCGUCACCGCGGAGGAUAGACAGAGACAACUCUCAAUGCAGCACGAGAACAUACGACUCAUCACCGAGGCGCUUCGAGCCAAAGACAAGGAACAAGCAACGCUUCUAGAAGAGAAGAUGGCGCUACACAUGAAGAUGGUCGGCUACACGGGGAACUACACUCUGGAUGUGCAUAACACUGGAGUGAAUACGGUGUUCCCGGGUGGGUUAGUGUUUCCUGACUACGUGAGACUGUCUGCCCCGUCAGCCGACACGCACGCUUUAUGGCAGGAAGUCUGCAAGGUUGUCAAGGCGGCGCUGGAGGCGGGCAGCGGCGCGUGGGCGGGCGGCGCGGCGCUGGGCCGCAGCACCAGCUCGGCGGGCGAGCGCCACUCGGCCGCCUACGAGAGCCCCGCGCUGCCGCGCCGCGCCGACACCUUCGCCGGCUUCGACGCCGCCCGCCACAGGGGCGUUGCCCUGCGAAUGUCAACGGAGACGCCGACGGAAACGGACGCGGCGGAAGUAGCCGAAGCCGGUGACGUCAUGGAGCCGCCGCGCCUGGUGGAGUGCGUGGGCGCAGAUGCGGCUCUGAGUCUGCAGCACGCUAUAUACACUCUCAGCUGUAUCGUGUGGCAGCAGAUGACCUCUAUACACAGUUUGGAAGCACAAGUAUGUGCAUGGCGAUCUCACGGCGGCAACGCGGCGAGAUCGCACGACACACAACUAGAGGAACUACGACACGCCCAAGCGAAACUGACGGCCGAUAGAGCCGCCUGGGAGGCUCAGAGGAACGCUGACAGUCAGGCUAUAGCCUUGGAGAAGCGCGAAUUGGAAGCGGCUCGCGAGGAACUAAUGGAGCUUCAGAAGGACGUGGAACAACAGAGGGAUAGACUGUAUAGAAGGCUGGAGAGGUUGCAGCAACAUGGUGGAUCUCAGGAGGAAAUAGCGACAUUGUCACCAGACUCGAGCGUCAGUGACACCUCGCGAAGGAAAGAGCCUUCUAAAUGGCGGAACAACCGCGGCUCCACCGGGUCGGAGUCGGCCGCGGCCGCCAUGUGCGCCCCGCGCGGCGCCGCGCUGCCGCCGCCGCAGCUGCUGUCCGCGCACAACGAGAGCCGCGCCACGGUGCGCGCGCCCGCCAUGCCGAUGGUGAAGCAACAACUGCCAUUGAAGUUAGCGAGCGGUAAAAGUCAACAACAAGCGCCGCCAGGCUACCACAGGCUGCACGAGUCUCCCAGCGAGCAUAACCAAGGCUUAGUGAUACAACACACUCGAACUGGCAGUUCGCCGGCUCCACUGCCAUCGCAACAACAACAACAGAUCAACAACAAGGCAACUAGAACAAACACUUACCCAAAGCUGCCCGAGAAAUUCCGCGUUCGUUCCCCCGAGGCGCCCCCGGAGGAAGAAGUGAUAUAUUUCUGACGGCCCUCGUCCGCCACCGACCACUCGCGAUCCUGAGGGUGUCGCCUCUCAUAGGCACUGUCUACUGUUAUAGUCAGAUAUGUAAUCCAAUAAUACUCUUGCAAUCAGAUGAAGAAAAUUACUCGCCAGCAAAAAUACGUCGUAUUGGGUUUAAAUCACUGUUUUUAUGUGAGCAGUUAUAUGAACCUGUAAUUCAUAGUUGAGAAAUGAUAAUAAUGACCUUAAAAAAAUCGAUGGAGAAAAGUCGCGAGCGUAAAUGUAAUAAUACGAACAAAUAAUUGGUAUUGCCAAUUCUCCCCAAGGUUUUAAUAAAGUAAUGGCGGUAGCCUAUGUUGCCACCACUGUCUUCUGGCACAGCCGGAUACGUGAUCCUAUAAUUUAAUAGUUGAAAAUUUAUAAAUAUGUCUUUACUUUAAAAAGAAAAUCAGGUAAGAAAAUUAUAUGUAAAUAUAAUAUUGGUGUUGCCAUCUUUGUCUACUGUGAAAAUCUGAAAAUGUGAACUUAAAAACCAGCUGAUUGAUUCUAUAAAUUGACAAUAUUUAAUUGUUGCACCUUCAGUAAAAACUUCCAAAGUUUACUCAAUGGACGAAUUCAGUAAAUAGGUAUACCUACAACUGUUGGCGAAAACUAUUUUCAAUCAAAGUUAAUAACUUAUACAUUUUAGUUUUACAAUUUUAGAGCAAUAAGAUAAUAAAUAUUUUUCUAAAUUAUUUGUGGGGGUGACAAAAUAUUCUUACUUUAUUGGGACCAUUCAAAGAUAAUUAUUAUUUAACGUAUAGUACAAAUCUAUACAUUUCAAUUAUCAUGACAUUCCAAUUGAACGAAAAUGAUCUCUUUACUUGUGUAUUUAAAGUGUAAUUUAUUUUAAACAGUAUUGUUAAUGCAAUGAGACAGCUACUUAUUUUUAAUUUUAUUAUGAAUAAUAAUAUUUUUAAUGAUCAAAAGCUAAUACGACAAAUGAAUUUUAGAAAAUAAUUAAUAACAUUCGUUAUUUAAAUUUUAAAGAACAACAAUAAUAACCAAACUUAUGGAAAAAAAAACGGACAUCUCUGAUGGUGUAUUAGCUAUAUUUUAUAAAAGAUGUAUUAAAUUAAACAAAAAUGCAAAUACACAAAUUUUCCUACACUAGUUGAAAAAUUACCAUUCGUAAAUCGAUCUAUUUUAACUAAUCAAGUUGUUAAAAUUGUUAAUUGUAAAAACUGAUAAUAGUGGACGAAGUCUAAAGGACUAAUUAAAUACUUAGCGGUUUAGAAAUUGUUACAUUAGUUGUUUCCUAAAAGAUCGUAAUGUUCAUACUAAGGUUGUUUGCACUGUGGUAAUUCUUACUGCAUUUUUUUAAUCAGUGAAAGGAUCUAAUGUUCAGUUCAGUAAUAUAUUUGUAAUGCAAAGUAGAAAAUUAAAAACAAAAGUUUUGACAACUUAUUCACACGAUUUUGGUAUAAAUAAAAGUUAAUUCUUCCUUUGAGAUAUUUUUAGUAAGUUUACUAGGAUUUUAUAUAUAUACGUGUUGUGCCAAAAUACUGAAUGAAUCGCCUAUUUCACACUUUAAUAAAAGUAAACAAAUAUAUUCUAAUGCGGGCAACACAAAAAUAUCCUGUUUAUCAUGGAUUUUUAAAAUGAAAGCGCAACCAGUUUGCAUCCUAGAUUUUAUAACAUCUAAAUAUAGAUAUACUUUAUAUACAGCUGUUUCCUAAAUCCUACACCAAAUAACGACGCUAUUUUCCUAUAACUCAAAAUAUAAAAAGCUUCCAUAUUUUUAUCUUAUUGUUAAAAUUAAAAAUGUUAAAGUAAAUGUCGCUGUGUAACGAACUUGCUGGCAAAAUAAAAAUCACAACUUGACAACUCACCUUUUUUUGGUGAGGGACACAAAUAUGAAUUUAAUAAUUAUAGUUUGUAAUAUGUAGAGUGGUUUAAAGAAUAAUGGAAAAAGUUGUUGAAUUGCGUAAAGUUAAAUUUAUAAUACUGUAUUAUAAUACAGUACUGUAGUAUAAUAGUGUAUCCAUGAAUCACAUGUCUACGUUUUACAAAGUAUAAUUAGUGUGACAAUGUUUGAACUGUACUGACUGCCAAAUAUGGUUUCAAAUCGAAAUAUUUUACUGUUGCUCAAAAAUUGUUUCAAUAAGAAAAGACGGUGACAUAAUUAACAAAUACGUGUAUUUUCUGAUUGGUGAAUAAUUUUUCGAUAUGAAGUCGUAUUUAAGACUUAUUGUUCUUAAAGCGCGUGCACUUAUAAAAAAUGUAGGUACAUUAGAUCACAUAAAAAUGUAUACCACUCAAGAAUCAAGGUGGGUAUACCUUUAUAUGUAGUCCACUAUAUGCGCGCUGUAAAAUUGACUUGUAGAAAAACUGUUAUCGGUGUAAAUAUGUUGAAAUGUUUAUUAAAUGUAAUAGGAAUGUUAUAUCCGCGAUUAUCAAGUUAUAUACAUUGUCUAACGUUUAUAUCAUAAGAAUGGCAAUUGUAUUUUUAAAUUUCCAUUUCAUGAUACGCUUUGGAACACGUUUUUGCUUCUUUAAGCAAUUGUUAACACUGCUUUUAAAACUAUGUUUCUUUUUAAUACAAGGUACUCACAAAAACGUAAAAGAUCAAUUUCUGUGGUCUGGGUCGAAGUAAAAUAAAUAAAUGCUAGUAAAAAAGCAAUUGUCAUUCUAACGGCCGAAAUCUCGCGUGGAAAUCGAAAAAAAAAAUUUUUACAUUUACUCAGAAAAAAAAAGAAAAUAAUGUCUGACCGUGUUUUCGGCUGUUACGCAUAUAUUAUAGGCUUGUGUGCAGGCAUUAUGUGCAAUAUGAACGCUUAGAAGGGAUAUAGACGUGACUGUAUGUAUGUAUGAAUCUGAAAUUAAUUUUACAUUUUUAUUUUGGUACAGUGAGGAGCAAAAAUCAUAUUUUUGUGGCUACAAACUCGUAAGGGCCUUAAUAGCCUUGAUGGUUACAAGACUAUUAAGGGCGAAAAGAGUAUUCAAACAUUAUUGCUCUAUGCUCCCUAGUGAAUUAAUAUUUAUUUACAAUAAUGGCAGCUUUAAUUUUUUGGAUGAUCGUCUUUUUUUGACAUUUCGCUUUAUACUCAAGAGUCAGAUCUCUAUGGUUUCUAUAUUUUAUUUGAAAAGUGAUCACAACAUUAUAUUUGUAUGAAAUACUUGCACACAACAGUUGUUUAGCUCUUAAAAUACUGUUGUUAAAGACCUUAUAAGACUAUGUAACUAUUUUUCGUGCAUUUACUGUAAUACUUUUUACUAUUUAGUGUCUAGAGAAAGUGAUAUUUUAAACUAUUUUCUUGUUUAGGAUAUCUUUUCAUACUAUACUGUAUAUAUUAACGUUGAUGUUUGAAUAUAUUGUAAGAUAUACUAUGAGGAUAUGUCAAAUGAAUUAAUCAGAUUUUAAGUAAACAAAUAUAUGAAUAUAUGUGUUGCAAUAAAAUUAUUGGGAAUAAACUAAUCUAUGGAAUCAUGGCAAUCAUAGACGGUAAAUGUUUUGGGAGAUUCGUGUUUAGCAAAGUAAUAAUUGAAAUUAUAUGGUACAAUAUAAACUGUUCUGUCAAGUACAUAGAUUAUGUCAGAAGAACUCUUCCUUUUAAUAAGUUAGGGCCGGCUCAGACGGCGACCCUUAAACACAAUUUUGUUAUAAGUACUCUAUUUUGUCACAUAUUAAGCAUAAGUGAGGCUUACUUAGGCUUAAAAUAAAUUAUUGUACCAUGUAUUUUCCACAUUUGAACCGGUCUUGAAAACAUCAUGACAAUAAAAUAUAAAUGUUAUAGUUUCUCUCAAUAUGAUUGUGACACCAUAUGAACUCCUUGCAACUGGGUCCAUAUUGGGUCCCAUAAAUUGUAAUGGCGUUAAUUAAAGUAUGCAUAAUAUUUGUUGGCAUAAUCAUCGUUUUGCGUUUUCAAAUGCAAAUCUUUUUGAGAUAAAUCAUGCCAUUUAAUGUUAUGCAAGAUUCAAUAAAUUAUGUCAUUAGAAAUUAUGCAAUUCAAUACAAAUCCCGUGCAAAUAGAAGUUCUUAAAGUUAUUCAUCUUUCUAAAGAUAUAUUUUUACAUUUUUUAUUUGUAAUUCAGAUUCCAAUUUUAUGCAAUCGAUGGCCAGAAUUGUUGCAUUUAAAAUUGUUCCUUGUAUAAUAUGUAUACUUCUUGUUCAAUCGAUAUUUGAUAGGUCUAAGCGUCGCAUUUAGCCGUAUUUAUGAAAUAUUGAAAUUCGAACAUCACAACUAAUUGGUCUCUUUCCAACUGACCAUAGAGUAAAUACGGCCUGAAGUUUAUAGAUGAGGGAGCCACUGAGGUGCGUGAUAGGUCUCUGGUUACACUGCAGUGAAAUUUUGAUACGUUAAUAAGAAAUACAAUUAAGAAGUUAUAUAUUGCUUUUAAGUUCUGACGCUCUUUUUGUUAUUUGGAUAUAAUCUUAGUGUUACUGCUAAGAACAACCUAGUAUAAUUCAAAUGAUGAUUAAAAUAUUACCCUUUGAACUUUAUCGAACAGAUAUAAGGUUCAAUUUCUCUUAAAUAACCAUUGCAGUGUAGCCAGACUCUCUUGUAGAGAUGUGAUAUAUGCUUGUGAUAACGUAAAUGUGGCUACAAGACUAUGAACACUAGGAAAAUUUUCUAUAGACAAUUGGUGAAUGGUUCAUAUUUCAGGCAAAAUAUUGGGUUCUUUUUUUAUAAACUAACAGCCCUGUAAGGCGUAGCUUUAUGUCAUAUUCUACAUAAUGUGCUUUUAAACACACAAACAUGAUUAAGAAACCGGUGGUGUUUCCAUUAAUAAUGUUUAAUCUUAAUAAUUUUCCGUAAAUACCUUUGUAAAUAUCCAGUUAUUACAUUAACAUCUACUUUAUUAUGUGGUCAACAGUCCCAACUGAGUAAAGUUUAUUCAUUUGGACUGUUGAGGCGUAAACAAAUUGGCAUCUCAAUAGCAGCCCUAAGAUUGUGAACCAUUAACGGAUCGUAUAGUUUUACAAUAAGUUAAAAUUGAACCACCGCACCCAUUCUUAAAGUGCUUUUACGCAAUGAGGCUUCGUUGCUUUACAUUUUUAUAACUCGACGUCCGUGCCUUGCUGAGCAAAAUUAUUUUUAUUGGAAUCCCUGUAAUCAUUUUUAAUCGCGAGUUUUUUUCCACUUAAUAUUUUUACCUUUCAACGUAAGAUAACGGUGCCUAAACACAAAGCAAGAUAAACCUAUAGGUACACUUAGGGCAGAUAGAAAUAUAUGCCUCUUUCAUAAUAAACCAAAAUAGGUCGGGUAUAUCUCUCUCUCUAGCUCUUGUAUGUAAGUUAUAUAACUUUCUCGCUUUGCCAUAUAGGUUUAUUUCGCUUAAAAAGAUAUGGCACCUUUUAAUUUAUUGUUUAGUCACACGUCAGUACUUAAAAAUGUAGCAUAAAAAUAAGUUUCGUGGCAAUAUGUAAACAUUAUGUAAGUUAAGCUUUAAUCUAUUUUAAUUUGUCGUUUAGUAUUUAAAUUGGCGAAUUCCCUCCAUUUAUUUUAUUGAUUUAUGUAAACGACAAUACAAUGAUGUAUUGCUCAAUAUCGCUCAUGUUAUCCUUUUAAAUGUAGUUCCAUUGAUAUUAUAGGUUAGGGUAAACGUAUUAUCAAUUGCGUUUAAUCUAAGUUCUAUUUGGACUGCAAGAUAAUUGAUCGACUAAUAUUCGUUGUGAUCGAAAAUACGUUUGCCCCUCUCAGACCUACCAUGUAGUGUGUUUGAAUGUUACGUUCGCGAGAAUCCAUUCGAAUGGUUCAUAUUUUGUUUGUUUGAUCUAUGACAUCGCAGGCAAUGUCUGCUGUAUUUAGAAUAGAUAAAUGAAAUAAACAUUUACUUAGUAUCA